AUGACUGCACGACUAAGACUCUACACUUUACAUGCCGCCUGCCGUCACAAUGCAACCCAAUCCCUUCCGUGUUAUCGCCUACUCCACGUCAGCACACGUCAAUUGACCAAAGCCAACGCCAACAAUGACGUGAGAAUGAAUGCUGCCAAUGUGCAACUCUUAUCUCCUAAGCUACACCAACAAGUAUUUGGGGCACCACCACGUAGAACGCAACCAAGAGAUGCCAAGGAGCGUCAAAAGUUGGCACAGGAGCAUCUUGAGCGGCAAGGCGUAUGGGGCAAAGAUACUGAGAUCCAAGAGCCUGUGGAUGUAACAGUACCCAAGCUGUAUGGCAAGGAUAUUGAAGAGCAUUUUAUGCGGCUCGGAUUUGAACAAGCGGGGCCAUACAUUGCCAAAUCAGAAGCAUUUGCAAAGGCGGAUUUACCAGCAAAGCCAUCAAAGUGGAUACAACAGAGUGGAUGGACACGAUAUGAUAAGAAGGGGAAUACGACAUCGGUUGCAGCACCAUUGGAAGAUGAACUCGUGUUUGAUGUGGAAGUCUUGGUGCAGGAUAGUCACUUUCCAGUGAUUGCAGUGGCAGCAUCAACAGAAGCUUGGUAUUCAUGGACAUCCCCUUAUGUCACAGGAGAAAGCAAUUCACCAGUACACUUGAUUCCAAUGUUAUCUGAAAAGGAUCAAUCGACAUCACGGAUGGUGGUGGGACACAAUGUGGGCUAUGAUCGAGCACGGAUAGCAGAAGAAUACAAUCGCGUAUCAUCCGGCAUUCGAUAUUUGGAUACAAUGAGUCUUCAUAUUGCCGUUUCGGGAUUAUGUUCACAGCAACGACCAGCAUGGAUCAAACGUAGCAAUGAGGAAAAGCAACGAUUGGAGGGAUCAACAGCAUCAGGACCUGAUGGAUUGGAUACUGUACAUGGUGGACCCAACUUUUUCGAUGUGAGCUCACUCAACAGCUUGAAAGAUGUCGCCAAAUUCCAUUGCAAGAUUGAUAUGGAUAAGAGCCAACGAUCCUAUUUUGAAACUGGAACAUUACAAGAUGUACGCGACAACUUUAAUGAAUGCAUGACGUAUUGUGCGCAGGACGUACAAGUGACACACGCCAUCUACAAGAAUGUAUUACCACGCUUUCGAAGCAAUUGUCCACAUCCAGUAUCAUUCGCAGGCAUGCUUCACAUGGGUAAUUCGUUUCUCACCGUCAAUGAGAAUUGGGAACGCUAUUUGGCCAACUCGACACGUAAGCACGAGGAACUUGCAACAUUGGUGGAUACAAAGUUAUGCGACUUGGCAGACAAAGCACGUGAACUUGUGGAUCAACCCGAUGUAUGGCAAAAUGAUCCAUGGCUCAGUCAACUGGAUUGGUAUGUGAAUCCUCGUCAACGCAAGCUCAAAGGUGCACCCAAGUGGUUCAAGGAUGCGUAUGAUACCAAAGCCGACCGAUUCAAGAUCUCAAUCCGAUCACGUAUUGCUCCAUUGCUAUUGCGCUUAAAAUGGCAAGGCUAUCCAUUGCAUUAUUUGCCUAGCCAAGGAUGGUGCUUCAAGGUGGCUCGUGAAAAGCUAGGCGAAGAGAAUUUACAAGGAUUGAUGCAUGUGAUGGCGGAUGAGCAAUACGCCUAUUUCAAAGUACCACACAAGGAUGGUCCUGAGGCCAAUUGUGGUAAUCCACUCGCCAAAAAUUACAUUGGAGCAUUCGAGAACAACAUCUUGACGUCUGAAUACGAUGCUGCCAAACAGGCUUUGGAGCUCAAUGCCAAGUCAGCUUAUUGGAUCAGUUCACGUGAACGUAUCUUGGGACAAUUUGUGGUGUGGGAUGAUCAAGUGAAACAUGACAUGUCGAUGCCACUCAAGCAACCUGGUCAACGUCAUGGCAUGAUUUUACCUCAAAUGCUGACUAUGGGUACCAUUACACGGCGUGCUGUUGAAAAGACGUGGCUCACAGCAAGUAAUGCAAAGGCGAAUCGUAUUGGAUCAGAGCUCAAGUCGAUGGUACAGGCGCCUGAAGGAUACAAGAUUGUGGGUGCAGAUGUUGAUUCAGAAGAGCUAUGGAUUUCGAGUAUCAUUGGUGACGCACAAUUUGGUUUCCACGGCGCAUCGGCACUAGGAUGGAUGACACUGCAAGGCUCAAAGGCGGAUGGCACUGAUUUGCAUAGCAAGACGGCCAAUAUUUUGGGUAUCAGUCGUGACAAGGCCAAGAUUUUCAAUUAUGCACGCAUUUACGGUGCAGGUGUCAAGUAUGCUACAAGCCUUUUAUUGCAAUACGCUCAAGGAAUGAAUGCUGAGACUGCAAAGUCACGUGCCCUUGAUCUUUAUGCGAACACCAAGGGUGAAAAGGAGCAUUCUUCCAAGAAUCAUUUUCAGCGCACAUUCUGGCAUGGUGGAAGCGAGAGUUACAUGUUCAAUGCACUUGAAGAGAUUGCUUUGUCGAAUGAGCCACGUACACCUGUCCUUGGAUGUGGUAUUACGGAUGCCUUGAAGCCAAAAUACACUGGAUCACAAUUCCUUACAUCACGCGUCAAUUGGGUUGUGCAGAGCUCGGGUGUCGAUUAUCUCCAUUUGCUCAUUGUUUCCAUGGCUCAUCUUAUUGAACGCUACAAGAUCGAUGCUCGUUUCAUGCUUUCGGUUCACGAUGAAGUGCGUUAUCUCUCGUCGGAAAAGGAUCAACAUCGUACGGCUCUCGCAUUGCAAGUUGCCAAUCUUUGGACACGUGCGCUCUUUAGUUGGAAAUUGGGUUUGGCGAGUCUCCCAGAGAGCGUGGCGUUCUUUUCAGCAGUGGAUGUGGAUCACGUGUUACGUAAGGAACCAAGCAUGACUUGUACUACACCAUCCAACGAGAUCAAGAUUGAAGAAGGUGUCAGCUGCACUAUUCAAGAUACGUUGUCACAUCUUGAAAAAGAGAGUGAUCCCAGCAUCAGCUGUCUUCUUGGCGAGGAACAUCCCACUCAUGGGCGGAACAUUGACAACAAGCUUAUCAAGCAAACGAAGCAGAUGUUACCGGAGCCACGAAAGCAAUGCAGCCUCGACUUUUUGAAGGCACAAAUGUGCAUGGAUUUGAAGGAGAUUUGGGCUACACCAGGAAUGAAUGGAGGAGUGGAGACCGAACACAUCACAACAGCAACAGCAACAACAACACCUGCAACAUCCUCAACACAACCACAACCACGACGAUUACCAUCACAGCAACAAGCUUAUACCACUCUCACUAAACCAAUGUCUCAACGUGUGGGACGUCCUUCCUCUUCAUCAUCCAUUGUCAUUAUCAAACGUAAUAAUCGUUCUAGAAAACCAUUAGCAUCUCUGAAACAACCAAUGCAUUAA